CCGGUUUCCGGUCAGUUGAAUUUUGAAAUUCAUAUUUUGAUAUCUAGUCGGGAUAGUGGUUUUACAGGUGGGUGCUGAUAGCUAUCCUGCCUCAGUGAAGUGUGUGUGUCCUCUCAGACAGAGAUGGCCACACUGUUUCCCUCGCUGUUUCCCCGGUUGACAGAGUCUCUGUGGUUCAACCUGGACCGGCCAUGUGUGGAUGAGACAGAGCUACACCAACAGGAGCAACAGCACCAGACCUGGUUACAGAGCAUCGCAGAGAAGGACAAUAACCUGAUGCCUAUUGGCAAGCCAAUCUUCGAGCAGACAUUUGACGAGGAGGAAGAGGAGGAGGAUGAGGAUGAGGAAGAUAGUGAAGAAGACUCUGAGGAUGAAGAGGACAUGCAGGACAUAGAUGAGAUGAACGACUACAACGAGUCACCGGACGACGGCGAGGUCAACGAGGUGGAUAUGGAGGGAGCAGACCAAGACCAAGACCAGUGGAUGAUCUAGACCAGAGUAAUCCUCGCUACUCUCUGAUUCCCCCUUAGUACCAGCAGGAUAGGUGCUCAUCUACUCUCCCUGACAGUGUCUCUUGGCUGGUGUACUUUGCCUGCUGUUCACACCCACCAUGAGAAACGACAGGUUGAGCGGUGUGGUGUUUUACUGCAUGGAGGAAGUGCGUGUUCUCUCAUUCAGUGUUCUACAGUUGCAAUGUGUGAAUGUGUGAAGACUGUAAACUGUAAAAGUUUCUAGAGAUAAGUGGUUUUGCAACAUUAGGAGAAAGAAAGCCUCCUCCACCUCAACCCCCCUCUGCUAGUUCUGUCCUCCCCCACAGAUCGAGACAGUCAGCCCCCUUGUUUAGACUACACACACACACACACAUUAAACUCAAGGACAUCUGAGUGCCCACUCACUCCCCUCUCUGGUACUCGUUGUUCUGUCUGAGUGUGUACUUCCCCCCGUCGCCAGUCAUGUGUCACAUCUAAAUGGGUCCCCCUAAAACAGCUGAAUAGGCAUAAACCACAGCCUGUACACUGCACUUGAGUAAUCUGCUGUGUGUGUGUGUGCGCGUGGCCAACAGAAAUCUGAAGAGUAAAAAAACGUGCUAUAGAAUGUCAGUAUUCAACAAAACUGAUUGAGUUGUAAAAAGGAACUCAGUUUUAUGUAUGUAUGUAAAGUAAAUAACUUUUUAAUUGGUAAAGUGUCUUAUGUAAAUAAAGAAAAACAAUGUGUACAGAGAA